AUGAGUCCGAUCCAAAUCCCCUUCGACGCGCUCGCCUCGCGAUUCGGCGACCGUUUCAAUAGCGUCCGUUCUCAGUCCCUUGGGUCGCGUUUCGCCAACCUCCGACCGGUUUCCGAGUUCCUGGACUUCAAGCGUCUGUCCAAACCCGCCAACUUCGGCGAGGCCCAGAGUCGUGUCAACUACAACUUGGGCUACUUUUCCAGCAACUAUGCCGUGGUCUUUGUGAUGCUCAGCAUCUACAGUUUGCUGACCAACCCCGUCCUGCUGUUUGUCAUCAUCUUGGUCACCGGCGGUCUCUACGGGAUCGGAAAGCUGGAAGGCCGCGAUCUGAACCUGGGGUUUGCCCAGUUGAAUACCUCCCAGCUUUAUACCGGACUCGUGUGUGUCGCGGUCCCUCUGGGAUUCUGGGCCUCGCCGAUCUCGACGGUGCUGUGGCUCAUCGGUGCGACGGGCGUGACGGUCUGCGGUCACGCCGCCCUGCUGGAUAAACCGAUCGAGAAUGCUUUUUCAGAGGAGGCGGUCUAG